ACGAGUUCUCAUAGGAGUUUUCAUAGGGAAUUUGGCAUUGGGUUUGUUCCUUACAAUCUGUUUGCGGAGGAAUCCAGGUUGCAGAGUCCUUCGUCGAUCAAGAACUUUAUCAGGGCUGACUUCCGUGACAUAUUAUAUGCAUAUAUGUGAAUGGAACGCAGUGGUGUUUGAGAUAGUGAUGACUUUUGAACUGGGCUGCACAGUUUACGCAACACCAGUUGAUCCUAAGAAGGGAGAUUUGGGAAUUAUUGCAGCAAUCGCAAUUGGUUUCAUAGUGGGUGCUAAACAUCAUAGCUGCGGUGCGUUUACUGGAGCAUCCCCGAACCCUGUGGUGAUGACCUCAAGUAUCAAUAUUGUCAAAGUUGGGUUUGAUCCGAUCAUAUUCUACAAGUGUUCUGAAGAAAAAAGAACAGUGACAAUGUUUUUAAGAAUGUUUGGAAGGCCAGAGCAAGAAAUUGAUAGUGCCUUAGAUAAAUUAAAUGAGGCUAGGCUAGUAGAUCUUUAGCAUAGGAGUCUUCCCCUUCUAAGCUCAUCUCACUUGGCGAUUGUUCGAGCAUUCAAGAUCAGGAGCUGUGAAGAGGACAACCUAUCCUCUGCUUAUUCAGUUCAAGACUUUAGUAUUUUAAGACAAUUGUUUUGUCUUAUGAAUAUUAACUAUUAUGGGUAUAUCCCAUGUGCUGUAAUAACUAUCGUACUUCUUCUUUCUAAA